AUGAAGAAUCAGUCUACAACAAUGGAGUUUAUACUGGUUGGUUUAACAAAUUCAGCUGAACUACAGACACUUCUCUUUUGGAUAUUUACAUUUAUAUAUGCUAUAGCCUUGACUGUUAACUGCUUUCUCAUCUUUACCAUAUGCAACUGCAGAAACCUUCACACCCCCAUGUAUUUCCUGCUCAUCAACUUGUCUUUAGUAAAUAUAUUCUCUAUUUCAGUUACAACUCCUAAACUGCUCCAGGCUCUUUGGACCCGGAGAAAGAUAAUAUCAUUUUAUGGCUGUGUUACACAAGUGUUUCUUUUUAUAUGGACUUUGGGGACAGAACUUUCUCUUCUUUCAUUCAUGGCUUUUGACCGUUAUGCUGCUAUCUGUCAUCCUUUGCAAUAUGCACUGAUCAUGCGGAAGGAAGCAUGUGUUUGCAUAGCAGCAGGUGCAUGGCUUGUUGGAAUGGUUAACUCUGCAGUCCAUGCUGGACUCAUGCUGAAGCUUUCCUUCCAUGAUUCAAAUAUAAUCAACCAUUUCUUUUGUGAUGUGCCACCACUUUUAAAGCUUGCAUCCUCAGACACCAGCAUCAAUGAGAGCAUGGCUUUUAUGGCAGAUGUCAUAUUUGGGAUCUUUAAUUGUGGUUUGACUCUAAUGUCAUAUUUCUUCAUCAUGAGAACCAUCUUCAGAAUUCGUUCUACUGAAGGGAAGAAGAAAGCUUUCUCCACAUGUUCCUCACAUCUGGUUGUUGUCAGUUUUUACUUCUCCUCGGUCAUUUACACAUAUAUUAGGCCCUCAUCUGUCUACACUUUAGAUAAAGACAAAUGGGUUUCUCUCCUAUAUACUGUUGUAACUCCAGUGCUUAAUCCAAUGAUAUAUUCUCUGAGAAACAAAGAAGUUAAAAAAGCCCUUAAGACAUUUGUUGGAAAAAACGUUCUGAUUCCGGGGCCUCAAGCUUGA